UCUGAGCCAACGGUCACAUUCAUGCGAUAUAAAUGCCAAAAACUUAUCGAUUUUAUUUCGUUGUGCGCCUUUUUGCACCAACAUCCAUGCGAAAUUAAUGCAAAAGAAAAAUGCAGCGCGGUAUAGACUCGUUCUUCAAGCGAGUGCCCAGCAAGAAAACCAGCGAUGAAGAUGCGACCUCGCCGCCAACGCCGGCGCCUCGAAAGCGGAAGGCCCUGGCCAUAUCCAGCGAUGAGGACGAGGUGCCCGCCAGUCCGCAGAUAAGCAAGCAUGGAAAGGAGCUGAAGAAAUCACGGCGUACACAUGAUGCCCCUGACAAUGGACACGCCACCAAGAAGCCCUCGUUGUCCAAGCUGAAGGAGCCGCCCAAGCAGCUGAAGAAGGUGGAUCCGACGGAGUUGUUUGGCGGCGAAACUACACGCAUAGAGGCGUCCAAGCCGAAGGAGCGUAGUCUUAUCGAAUUGGAAGAUGAGGACAUUGAUCGCAGUCUCAUGGAAGUAGAUGUGGAUGAUCUAAUUCCCAGUCCAGCGGCUAGCCGAAAAAGAAGCAAGGCCAGCAGCCCAACCAAGACUCCCAAGGAUGAGGCCAAGACGCCCAAGGUUGAGGCCAAGACCCCUAAUGUUGAGGCCAAGACGCCCAAGUCAGAGGCCAAGACACCCAAGGCGGAGACAAAGACUCCCAAAGCAGAGGCCAAGACUACCAAGGCUAAAACGCCUAAACAGGAAAAGCAUGUGGAUCUGGAGAGCAGCGUGCUGUCCGAUGAGGAGCGGCACGAGCGCAAACGCAUGGCCGCUGUACUCUAUCAGAAGUACAAGAAUCGGAGCAGCUGCCUAAAUCCGGGCAGCAAAGAGAUACCCAAAGGAUCGCCCGAUUGCUUGAAGGGAUUAACAUUCCUGGUCACUGGCAUAUUGGAGUCCAUGGAACGUGAUGAAGCCGCCUCGGUUAUUAAGGGAUUUGGUGGGCGUGUCAUGACAGUCGUGGGCAAAAAACUCAACUACUUGGUGGUGGGCGAGGAGGCAGGACCCAAAAAACUAGCCCAAGCUGAGGAGUUCCAUGUAACCAUACUCAGCGAGGAUGGACUCUUUGAUUUGAUAAGGGAAAAGUCUGGCGAAACUGUAAAAGCGAAGAGCUCCGAAGUAAAACAGGAGAAGAACAGCAGCCCGAAGAUGAAGAAUGAGCAUGAGAAGAGCAACCCAAAGGUUAAAAAGGAGCAUAAAGAGAAGAUAAGUCCGGAAAUCAAACGAGAGCAAGAGGAAAAAAGCAGCUCAAAAAUUAAAAGAGAAUUGGAGGAGAAGAGCAGCAGCGUUGCGAAGCAGGAGCAUGAACAUAAGAGCAGCUCCAAGAUUAAAAAGGAUCCAGACGAUCUGAACAGUAACGGCUUCCAGCAGGAGUCAAGCAGCAACGGGUUCAAGAUGAAGACCGAGCUAAGUUCCAGUUCACAGAUUAAAAGGGAACCCAACAACAAUGUGGCUGACGUUAAGGAGGAGGAUGUCAGCAUGAAUAUGGCCUUGGUGGACAAAUACAAGCCCACUUCAAUCAAGGACAUUGUGGGCCAGGCAGGAGCGAACAGCAAUGUAACCAAAUUGAUGAACUGGCUGUCCAAGUGGUAUGUGAAUCACGAUGGCAAGAAGAAACUACAGCGACCCAAUCCGUGGGCCAAAAAUGAUGAUGGCAGCUUUUACAAGGCUGCCCUGCUCUCCGGUCCGCCGGGCAUAGGCAAGACAACAACUGCGACGCUCGUGACCAAGGAGCUGGGCUUCGAUGCAGUGGAGUUCAAUGCCUCGGAUACGCGCAGCAAGCGCCUGCUCAAGGAGGAGGUGUCCAGCCUGCUGGGCAACAAGUCACUUGCUGGCUAUGCCAAUGGCAAGACGCAGGCGGUGUCCAAAAAGCAUGUGCUCAUCAUGGACGAGGUUGAUGGCAUGGCGGGCAAUGAGGAUCGCGGCGGCAUGCAGGAGCUGAUUGCCCUGAUCAAGGACAGCUCUGUACCCAUCAUAUGCAUGUGCAACGAUCGCAAUCAUCCCAAGAUACGCUCGCUGGUCAACUAUUGCUACGAUUUGCGUUUCCAGCGACCGCGCAUCGAGCAGAUCAAGGGGCGCAUCAUGAGCAUAUGCUUCAAGGAGAAAAUCAAAAUGUCGCCGGGCAAGCUGGAGGAGAUUAUAGGCGCCACUAACAAUGACAUCCGACAGACCAUCAAUCACAUUGCGCUGCUUAGCGCUGGCGAGCAGUUGCCAGGCAAUCCCUCAGCCACUCCACAGGUAGCCGCCAAGGAUUUGAAACUGGGACCUUGGGAGGUGGUGCGCAAGGUCUUCGCUGCAGAGGAGCACAAGCACAUGAGCAUCUUCGACAAAUGCGAUUUGUUCUUCCACGACUACAGCAUGGCGCCGCUGUUUGUGCAGCAGAAUUACCUUCAGGUAACACCGCAGGGCAAUCGUAAUGAGAUUCUCUCCAAGGUGGCGGCGACUGCAGAUGCACUCAGCCUUGGCGACAUGGUGGAUAAACGCAUUCGCGCCAACUCCGCCUGGAGUCUGCUGCCCACGCAGGCCGUCUUCAGCUCCCUGCUGCCUGGCGAAUAUAUGUGCGGUAAUUUUACGGGUCAGAUCAACUUUCCCGGCUGGCUGGGCAAGAAUUCGCGCAGCAACAAACGAUCGCGCCUCGCCCAGGAGCUGCACGAUCAUACGCGCAUCUGCACAUCGGGCUCCAGGCAAUCCGUACGUCUGGAAUAUGCGCCGCAUUUGCUGGGCAAUAUUGUGCGCCCGUUAGCUGAGGAUGGGCAGGAAGGCGUGGCUGCUGCGCUGCAGGUCAUGAAGGAUUAUCAUUUGCUGCGCGAGGACUUGGAAUCGUUGAUCGAACUGUCCAGCUGGCCAGGCAAAAAGUCUCCGAUGGAUGCUGUUGAUGGACGCGUCAAGGCGGCGCUUACACGUGCCUACAACAAAGAGGUAAUGCCGUAUUCGUACUCUGCGCAGGCCACCGUCAAAAAGAAGCGCGCCGAAGCAGCAGGUGAUGAGGAGGAGGCGGGUAUGCUGUAUGGCGAGGAUGAAGAAGGGGGCCAAGUUGUGCACUCCAGCGAAGAUGAAGACGACGACAAACUUGAAUUGGAUGCAUUGAUCAAGGCCAAAAAGAAGCCGGCACCAGCAGCUAAAAAGGCAAGUGGAUCAGGUGCAGCUAAACCCAAAGCCAAGGCCAAGAAAUAAGCAGUUCCUCACAUUGUUUAGUUAGUUAUGCAGCCAUUUAGCGAUAUUUCUGCACGAUUUUUUUUAUACAUUUAUUUUUUAGAAGCCCAAAAUCAGAUGUUAUUACAAACAAAAUUAUAUUUAAAAAGGCGCGGGCAUUAAACUGAAGCGAUUUAUUCAA